UACAUUGGGAGACAAGACUGAUCCAUGUAAUUACCGUACUCAUCUCUGUCUUGACCUUAAAAAGCAUUCGAUACUAUUUCUCAUAAAAUUCACCUCGAAAAACUUUUGGACAUCGGUAUCACUGGCAAGGCUCAUGAGAUUUUAAAGUCAUAUGUCCAAAACCGCAAACAAAUUGUUAAAAUUGGUCCACAUCAAAGUUCUGCUAAUCCAAUUACAUUUGGCGUUCCUCAGGGCUCUAUUUUGGGUCCGCUUUUAUUUCUAAUUUGAUAAUAUACAACAUAAAGGUCUAACAGCUGAUAUCACCUUAUAUGCAGAUGAUACAAGUUUAUUUACUUUGGCCACUCUAUUAAAACUAUUAUGUCUAACGCACAAAACGACUUAAAUCUACUUAACAACUGGUUUUCUAAACUUAAAUCUACUUGAAAAAGAUUUUCCUCACAAUUAAUGCAACAAAAACAAAUUUUAUCAUAUUCGCCGCAAAUAAUAAACGAAUUAACGACAUUGCAGAUAUUAGGAUAAAUAACAAAAUAAUCAAACAAAAAUUUGUUAUCGAUCACCAAUUAAACUGGAAAAAGCACAUAGACAGAAUUAAAACUAAACUGACAUCCUUGACAGGUAUUGUACGAAAUAUUGUAAAAUGCCUUCCCCGAAAAGUAAAAUAUAUUAUUUACAAUUAAUUAAUUAAACCACACAUAGACUUAUUGAUAGAAAUUUGGGGAACUGCAGCUAAAUCUAACUUAGAAAUUCUACAAAUUGCUCAAAAUAAAUUAAUAAAAUCCUUAUUUCAUUACAAAUAUCGUACGCCAUCUAAAAACAUCUAUGAGGAGACUAAAAUUAUGACAAUUAAACAACAAAAUCAACCAUCCAUCAUAGUUUCUUACCCAUAUUAUACUUAUUAUUUAUCCUGUUAUUUGAAAUGAAGACUCAAGAUUUUAUUUUGUUAUAUAAGAAUUCCUUGCCAAAUACCGUAAGAGGUGUACUACUACCGUUGUAUUAUUGGCGUAAAUAAAUAAAUAGGUGACGCAACACAUCCUUGUAGAGUAUUGCCAGAUUUUUUGCUAUAUAGCUCUGAAACUUAGGCUAUAAAUUUAUUGAUAUCCAAGAAAUGGUGGCACAUGAGAUAAUGAACAGCGGUUGUUACAAGAAUACAAGAUGCGAUGCGCUCGUGUAAUUGUUUAAAAAAAAUUUGCUACAUUCUACAAAAAAAUCUGAAUAAUUAAAAUGUAACAAUUGGAGAACUUUACUAUAAAAUAUGUAGUGAUUGAUUAUCCAUAAUUAGAUAAUUUCAAAAUAAAAAUAUCAUUAGGUACACUCUUAUUACAAUAAAUGUCAUUACAUUCACGGCAUUAAAUAGUCAUUUCUUAAUAACUCAAAAUAAGAGAUAACAAUAUCCAUAUUUGUUACUAGUUUUUAGUAAUUUAGAUUACUUACCUAAUUAUAAUGUACGCCAAAAAGAUAAUGGGUUGGUAAUGGUUGGGAUGUAAAACUCACAUAAAAACGAAAUGACGCAAGGUAGGUAACAUAACACUGUGAACCAUUCUUAGUCAAUUUUUAUUUUAACGAAUUAUGUCUUUUUCUCAGUGACGAUGGCUCUAUAAUGAGUGGGUGGUAUCUUUUCAUGUUUCAACGUGUCACUAUAGGAUCAAACAUGAAAAUAUCCAAUUUCAAAAGUCGAAUUGUCAUCGUGAACUGAAAAAUUUGCAAUGACAAAACUUUGGACUUAAUUAUUUCCUAACAUAUUUAUAAUUUUAUACGAAUGUGCCUGUAAACUGAAUGAGACAUUCAUCUAUAAGUACACAGAGUUUUUUUUAAAUUAUUUGUUUCUAGUAAAAGUAUAUAUUUUUUUCUUAUAUUGUUUCUCAGAUUUCUCGAUAUUCCUUCGGGAGCGAAAAACGGGUGCGCGUAUGAAUUCGCGAGAAAAAUUAUCCAUAGCACACCUAAAGCUUUAAGGGCUACUGAACAGAACGUCAUCAGCAGAACAUAUUAUACCUUUUAUUCAGGUACUGUUUAUGUAGGAUUUGCGUUGAACUACAAUGUCCGUGAGCGAGGCCGCGGGCAACAGCUGGCACUUUUACUCACAAAAGAAUAAUAAAGUAAUGACUCAUCAUAAAUACCUUUCGUAAUGGAGCAAAAAAUUUAAAUACUGAAGUAUGUAUUUCAACAAUGGUGUUAUACUCGAUUGUUAUAUGAAAUAAUAAUUAUUACGAUUAUUUACAAGCUAUAUGCGACAGGUGAUGAUAAAAAAAUCUUGACGAUUUUUUUCAUGAUGAUUCAUUUAUGAUAUUGUAAUUUUCCACUUACAACUAAAUAAGUAUGGCAAUUUUAGGAUAUUUCAGUUAUAUUUCUAUAUAUUAAACAGUACAUACACUUUCAAUCAGAUCGUCAGACUUAUAGGUCGGACGAACUUGGCGGCACGCUACACGGGCCCUAAGAUCUAUAAAAACACCUUUUAAAAUGAAAUUAAUGCUUAACCUAAUUAAAUAAUAAGUACCUAGCAGUAUGAAUUCAAAGUCCACCUUCAUCUCGGUGGCUCACUCAGACAGUUUAAGAGUACGAGAGCACUAUUAUACAUAAGAAACCUUCUUACAUCAGAAUUACGAUGUGGAAAAGCUAGUAUAAUAAAAGGUAAACACAUAUGAAUGUUUUUUACUCUUUCACAUGAACACUAAUUAAUGGAUUUGGUUGAAUCUUAUAUUACAAUUUACUUACAGGAAUAAAAGGGGCAACUGAAACUAUUUUUUAAUUAGCUCUUACUCGCAGCUUCGGUCGCGCAAAUUUAGCCACUUACAAUUUGUUACAGGUGUUUCUUCUAUCCAUCAGGAUCUUUAUUUUUUACCGGGACAAAAGUACCAUUUGUCCUUCUUCAAAUAUACGCAACAUUUUAAAAAGACAGGUUUAGUACUUAACGCUUGAAAAGACAACUUACAUACAAAUAAACUUACUUUCGCAUUUAUAAUAUUAUUUUGGAACUAUUCUAUUCUACUAAUAAUAACUUUAUUUGUUCAUACAUAAUUCAAAUUUAAAUUUUUAUUAAUGAUUAUGGGACAUUUUAUGUAUGUAUGAAGUGUCCCAUAAUACAUAUAUACACAUGGUCACAUCUAUGUCCCUGGUGGGGUAGAGAGAGCCAACAGUCUUGAAAAUAAAGGCCACGUUCAGCUAUUUGGUAUAAUUAUAGAAUUGAGAUUCAAAUAGUGACAGAUUACUAGCCUAUCGCCUAAACUAACUAAAUUUCUUUUUUAUAUUUUUAAUUAAAUUAAUCUUAAAAACGUAAGGAGAACGCGUUUUAGUAUGUCGGUAGAAUAUGGAUAAAUUGUCAAAAAGAAUUUUGUUAAUUAUGUGUCAAAAUACUAUUUUUAAAGACCUAUUCAACGACAACCUACAAGACUCCACUAACCCAUAGUGGAGAAAAAAAAUAUCCGCUCCCUAAGUAAAACCGCGUCAUACAGACAGGCAGUUCCUUUUAUGCCUAUUUAACCUUAAAAAGGAAGUUUUUAUUAUAUUCACAAUCUGUUGUAAGAAUUAUUUAUUCACAAAUGAUGAUUAUCUAUAUAGUAGAAAAUUCAAGUAACCAAUAUAAAAUGUAAAAGCUAAUUACUAACACAAAACAAAGCUGGAAACAAGUAUCCCCUGGUUGCUUGAUUUUAACUAAAAAUAACUUAUUAACCUACAUCUGAAUCCAUCUAGUAACUUUAGUUACUAGAUGUUACUUGUUUUCAUUGUAGAAAAUCUGAUUUCAUUUUAUUCAUUUUCUAAGCUUUUGCCCUUACAUACAUACAUACAUAAAAAUCACGCCUCUUUCCCGGAGGGAUAGGCAGAGACUACCUCUUUCCACUUGCCACGAUCUCUGCAUACUUCCUUCGCUUCAUCCACAUUCAUAACUCUCUUCAUGCAAGCUCGGCGGUUUCGUUUUUCCCUUAAGUAUGUAAAAUACAUAGUAUGAUUAAUAACCUUUUAUUAUCACAUUGAAAACAUAUAUGAAAAAAUCCUUGUAGUUUAGGGGAAAAAUAUUAAUGAAAUCAAGUAAUGUUUUUUGGUUCCCAUACAAAAUUUUGUGAAAACUAAGUUUUAUUUGAGGUAAAAACACCAAUACAAAGCUUGUUAGGUAGCAGAAUAAAUGUUACUAUUACUUAAGUACCUACUUAUAAUAAAUCUGUACAGAGGUCAUUUUUGUACAUGAUAAUCUUCGAUCAACUUUAAAUAAUGAUAAUAGAUUAAGAACGAUUUCACAAGUAACUACCUACAAAAUUUUAAUAUGAUACAUAUUAGUUUAAACUAAAAUAUAAGCGCUUAACAAAUAUUAUUUAAAAAUAAUAGCAUAUUUAUAGCAUAUAAUUUGACGGCCUCUGUGGCGCAGCGGUAAUACGCUUGUCUGUGACACCGUGGGUCCCGGGUUCGAAUCCCGGCCAGGGCAUGAUGAGAAAAGAACUUUUUCUGAUUGGCCUGGGUCUUGGAUGUUUAUCUAUAUAAGUAUUUAUUAUUAUUAUUAUAAAAUAUAGUAUCGUUGAGUUAGUAUCUCGUAACACAAGUCUCGAACUUACUUCGAGGCUAACUCAAUCUGUGUAAUUUGUCCCGGAUAUAUUUAUUCACAUAACGCGUUGACAAAUUUUUUUCUUUCGGAAUAUCCGGGUUGAACAGAUUAUUAUAAUAGAAACAGGUGUUAUCAGACGUUUUUUUGUUCCUAGUGCCAGAUGUUUUUAAUGGUACCUAGUAGGUACCAUAAAAUAUCUGUUGAACUGAAUGGGACUAGAUGAACAAUAGCGAGGGCCAUUCCAAGGCAAUAAUUCUUAUUGUAAUUACUUACUCAUAACAAUAUGAGUCAUAAAAAUAAUGGCAAAAAUUGGGGUGAAAAUAUUUAGGUAUAAGUGAUCUUUACCUGGUACCGAUGGCAUGCAGACGGCCAGUAUUUUACUGUCGUUUGUUCGUCGAGGUGCUACUCUUGUGCUAUUUCGCUUGUGGUUACUGAUCUUGGACACUUAAUUCGCCUGCUUUAGACUAGUGUUUAAUAUCUCGUGGUAAUUUAAACGUGGUAUUGGUUCUGGAGGAGUAAGCAGCGGAAAAUAAUCUUCUGAUUUAAAGGUUGGUGUAUUUGUAAUGUUAUUUAUACUAAUUCCAAAUUUUAUUUACUUGACUUUUUUAAGAUAUACUGACCAGACAAACAUGUAUUCAUAAACAAAAAUAAAUAGGUAUAUUCUCCUUUCAAAACUCUGAAUGAACACUUAAAUAUGUCCAGGAAUAGCUAUCUUACUACAUUUUAGUAAGUAGUGUCUUCAGUCUUAGGUAGGUAUAUAGAAACUGUGGGAGACUGUGGGUGUUUGUUGACAGAUUAACCUGUGGCAUAUCCUAAACCCUAACUAAGGCAUUAAUACCAAUUAAUUUUGGGCUAAGGAGGGCCACAACUUAAAAACAAAUAUAUUUAGUUUCAUAAACUUUGUACUAAUAAAUUUAAAAAUGUUUUAGGAUUCCCGCUUCGGGUGAUUUGUAAGAUGAUUGAAAUGGAUUCCAAGUAUGCCGCUUUUGAAGGUCACACUGAUCAAUUCCAUAGUAAAAAUAAAAGAAAGAAGUCUACAAUGAAUGUAAAGAAAAUGAAAUUGGCCAUUGAUAAUGCACCUAAAAGUAAUGGUAUUGCACUGUCACAAAAUAAUAAGGAAUCAAAUUUACCAUGCCAACCAGAAAAUGAUAGAAGCACUUUACUUGAGUUACUGGAAGCAAGAAAAAAAUUACCAGUUUAUGCUGCGAGACAAAGAUUUUUAGAAGAAAUAAAGGAAAACCACACAAUGAUUAUACUUGGAGAGACUGGUAGUGGAAAAACCACUCAAAUACCUCAGUUGAUUCAUGAACAACGUCUUGAAGGUGAUGGAGCUAUAGCUGUGACCCAGCCUCGCAGGGUGGCCGCCAUUACGAUCGCUACCAGAGUGGCCGCUGAAAUGGAUUUGCCACUUGGUGGUGUUGUUGGGUAUUCAGUGAGGUUUGAAGAUGUGACAAGUCCAAGAACCAAAAUUAAGUAUUUAACAGAUGGAAUGUUGUUAAGAGAAGCUAUAACAGAUCCUUUGUUGAAAAAAUACUCUAUAAUAAUUUUGGAUGAAGCUCAUGAACGUACAAUCAGCACAGAUGUGCUGUUUGGUGUUGUGAAACUGGCACAAAAAGAAAGGGAAAAACAAUAUAAUAAUCCAUUAAAGAUUAUUAUAAUGUCAGCCACAAUGGAUGUGGAUACAUUUAGGAAGUACUACGAUGACUGUCCAGUAAUAUACUUAGAGGGUAGAACCUACCCUGUUACUAUUUUCCAUUCGAAAAUAAAGCACGAAGAUUAUCAAUAUGCAGCUAUCUGUACAAUAUUUCAGCUUCACGCCACAACACCCCCCAAUCAAGACUUUCUCGUUUUCCUGACUGGACAAGAAGAAAUUGAGACUGUAAUGUACAACAUAAAACAGAUCGCGAAAGAAUCGACAGGGCCACCCAUUCUGGUCUGUCCAUUGUAUGCAGGCUUGCCGGCUUCUAAACAGAUGCAAGUUUGGAAAAAAACUCCUGAGGGCAUGAGAAAAAUAGUUUUGGCCACGAACAUAGCGGAAGCGUCAGUGACGAUCCCAGAUAUAGAAUGCGUUAUCGACACUGGUGUUGUCAAAGAAAGGACUUGGUGCACGGCGACGGGCGCGGAGCGGCUGCGCGUGGUGGCGUGCGCGCGCGCGGCGGCGUGGCAGCGCGCGGGCCGCGCGGGCCGCACGGCGCCCGGCCGCGCCUACCGCCUCUACACCGCCGCCGACCUGCGCCAGCGGCCGCAGCACCACACGCCGGAGAUCCUCAGAUGUCCUCUAGCCCCUACAAUAUUAUUAUUAAUAGCAGCGGGAAUUGAACCAAGCACAUUUCCCCUCAUGGACUCACCUCCGACCGAGGCUAUAACUGCUUCCCUAGCAUUAUUGAAGGAAUUAGGAGCUAUUGAUAGUGAAGCCAAUCCGAAAUUAACUACACUCGGAAGGAAGAUGUCUGCAUUCCCAAUAGACCCCAAAUACGCGAAGGCGUUGAUCACAGCAUCAGAAUAUAAUUGUUUACAAGAGAUGUUAAGUUUAGUCGCAGUAUUAUCUAGUGAAAACGUAUUCUACUCGCCAAUGAACAAAAGAGAAGAAGCAUUGAAAGCGAAACAGAAAUUUGUUUCGCCUUUAGGCGAUCACAUCACAUUGUUGAACGUUUACAAAGCAUUUUGCAAAGCACCACAGCAAAAGCAAUGGUGUAAGGAAAACUACCUCAACCAGAAAAACUUGACAUACGCGAGUGAAGUGCGCCAACAACUGGUCCGAAUAUGCCAGAGUUUGAAGCUGCAGGUAUCCAGUUGCGGCUCUGCCAUGGAUCAGGUUCUCAAGUGCCUCCUGAGCGGCAUGUUCACGAACGUGGCGUGGCUGCGCCGCGCUGCUGUACUCGGAGCUGCUGCACACCUCGCGGCCGCACCUCGUCACGGUGUCGGCCAUUCAGCCGCACUGGCUGCAGCAAGUCGCCCCGGACUAUGCCAGGCGGUGCAGGGCCGCUCGGUGACGCUGAUUUUUUUUUAUAAGUAUAAGAUUAUGUUAUGAUUAAUUGUUAUUUUAAUAUGAAAUGAAUUGUGAUAUAUGUAUGUAAGUUUUACUUGUUUGUUAAGCAGGGAGUCAUUGAUGGAUUUAAGAUUGUGUGAUAUGAGAAUUGUGAAUGUUCGAAUAUUCAAUGUUUUGUGAUAUAGUAGUAACACAAAAUUUCAUAAUGUUAUACUUUAUGAAAGAGGUUUAAAGAUGUUAAUGAGAUAUAUCUAAUGAGAGUUUAUAUGUGUAUAACGAUUAAAUUUAAAAAUAUUGUUUUGUGUAAGAAAUAAAUCACUGCCAAAAAUGGGAAAUAUUUGUUAUUAUUUGUAUGUUUCGAUAGCCAUCCCUAAAUACAUGAUUCUAAAAAUUAAGUAUAAGAUUAAGUUAGAUUAAGAUUAUAUUCCUGCCUAUGUUUGCAAGUGAAAAUUAUUGUUAAAUAUUAAUAAAGCAGAUAAUUAACA